AAUAGAAAAUUUACCGGAUGUUUUUAAAAAGGGGCUGAAUCGGUAAAAAUGAUUUGAAUCUGCCACUUCAUAGUCGCCAUAUUCUUUAGUACUAGUCAAGCUACGCACCAUGAGCUCCGACAGCUCAGAUGAGGAGGUGGCUCGCACCAGUAGCCCAGCUCACCAAUUCAAAUCCUGUAAAAUCAUGGUACCAAAACUGCAGAAACCACAAUCAAACCCCAUCAACAUUACCAAGAGCGAGAGCGUGGAAAUUCGCCGACGAAUAUCGUAUCCGGAAGGCGUUGAUCUGCAACAGAUGAGGCCGAGGGUCGGCGAUGAUAGACCACUGUCGGAUGAUGAUGGGAAACUUAAAAGAGCCUGUCGUCCGAGGAAGCGUUCCAUAUAUGGGGCAAGUCCAAAUUGUAACUUUGGACCAAAGGCAUCGAUCAUGAAGAACUCGUCUUCAAUACUGACGAUCCCCGACCCAGGGAUACAGCGCCUUACUUGGUCCAAACCUCCAGUCAGCGUUCUCGUCAUCAAGAAGGUGUUCGAUGAGACUGUAUUUGAGCCCUUCAGGUGCUUGUUACGAUGGCUCCUUCAGGAGAAACAAAUGGUCGUCUACGUUGAAGAGUCAGUAUUGAAGGAGCCACAGAUACAGGAUAAUGAUGACUUCAACCAUCUCGUCAACUUGUUACAUACCUUCAAGGAAGGUGAAGACAACUUGAAUGACAUGAUUGAUUUUAUUAUCUGUCUCGGUGGUGAUGGAACUCUUCUUUAUGCAUCCUCCUUAUUCCAACAAAGUGUUCCACCUGUGAUGGCAUUUCACCUCGGCUCUCUUGGCUUCCUCACACCGUUUCAGUUCGAUGAUUUCAGGGAUCAAGUCACGCAUGUCCUUGAAGGUCAUGCAACUCUGACAUUGCGAAGUCGAUUAAAGUGUAUCAUGUUCAAAAAAGAUUCCGAGUUCAUCAACUGCGACCAUAUAAACAGUAUCGAGAGUAAAGGAGGGAUGAAACACCAGCAUACUACAGUGUUGAAUGAAGUUGUGAUAGGCCGGGGCCAGUCAGCAUACCUUUGUAACUUAGAUUUAUAUGUUGAGAAAAGACUCAUUACCUCAGUUCAGGGAGAUGGUUUGAUCAUCUCCACACCUACGGGGAGCACUGCUUACGCCUGUGCUGCUGGUGCCUCUGUCGUACAUCCUAACGUGCCUGCGAUUGUGAUUGUUCCUAUCUGUCCACAUUCUUUGUCAUUUAGACCCAUCGUCAUUCCAGCUGGAGUUGAAAUCAAGGUUACGCUAUCCGAAUCAGCGCGCAACACUGCCUGGGUUUCAUAUGAUGGCAGGAACAGACAGGAAUUGAAGAAAGGAGACUGUGUUCGUAUAACUACGUCGUUGCAUCCCGUGCCAUCGAUAUCUUUCCAGGACCAAAUCAACGACUGGUUUAAUUCACUUGCCGAAUGUCUUCACUGGAACGUGCGGAAAAAUCAACAGGGUUUCAAUUCGACUUUCUCAGGGCCGCACGAGAGCAUGCUAAGUUUAGACUCAAUGUCUCUAGACAGUAGUGACAAUAAUGGCCACGAUGUGUGACUCGUGACAACAGUACAACCUCUCUAUUAAGGACACCCUCGGGAUUGACAAGCGCUGUCAGUAGAGGCCAUGAUAAGUGGCUCAUGACUACAGUAAAACCUCUCUAUUAAAGACACCCUCGGGACUCACAACAACAUUUCAAUAUCUCUGUUAAGAAUGCCAUCUGGACUGACAAGUGUUGUCUUUGUGAGAGAUGUCCUGAUUAGACAAAUCAAAUUAAGUUGAAACAACCAAUUUGGGACCAAAACUAUUUUCAUUUAUAAAGAGGUUGUCCUUUAUAGAGAGGUGUUCGCUAAGAGAGGUUCGUCUGUAUUACUCAUUCAGGCUUAGAGAGGGGUUUCAAAUCCAUCAGAUUGCAGUAUUUUGGUGAAACAUUUCCCAGCUGCACAAGUUCGAGGUGUUUUUAAACCUUUUUAACUAUUCUCUGCCUGGUGUAAAUUUAUAGCACAGUUGCUUAUUCUUUCAAAUACCUCAAGCCUGUCAAUUGAAAGUUUCUAAUUUGCUUUUCAAUCUGGGUCAACUAAUGUACAGUGUCAAAUGUACUAGGUCUAAUGAACAAUUAAAGAUAUACUCAACCAUUAAGUACUCAAUAUACUCAGUGAAAUUUUUGUACCGCUUCAAGGCUGACUUAAUUAAUUCAAAAAUUUGAAAAUCAAACUUUUAUUUGAAAAAUUCAAGUUGUGUAUUUUUUUAUAUACUGAAUAUGAAUAUUAGCAUCGGUGCCGGGUGAAGGGUGUAGAAAGACUAUAAAGGCCACGUUUCAGCAAGUUUAUAUUCGAAAAGUUUCUGAAAACUUGGUAAGAAAAUGCAAAGAACACGAUACAGGUGAAGGCCUUCGACUCUCGUAAAAACAUCAUUUGUAGAUUCGAUAUUAUAUUCUGUGAAUAGUUGGAUAUCCUACUGAAAAAAUGUUCUGAUAAUCCUCUUUCUCAAGUUAAUUGACUUGACGGGAUUCGUAACAAAUUUGCGGUUAAUGGCAUUGAAGAAAAUGCGAAAUCAUGUUCAAAACCCGUCAUCGUAUUUGAUUUUAUUUGUAAAUUUGUAAUUUUAUUCUGAAAUUUAUUUGAUAUUUUUCCAUUUUGUUACUUUCAACUGUGAUAUUCUCUUCCGUUUGCUCCAUGGAUGUAGAUUUUCUGGUGAAAUAUUUAAAGGAUGAGUCGGGUGUCUGUAAAAUAUUUAAAGUAGGAGUGUAUAACACUAGCCUAAUUCUCCUUUAAGGGGGUUUCUGUGACCUGUCUGGCCUAGUGACUCCGUCUUUGGCCAGAAAUAGAGUCCACCGAGCAUGAAUAACCUUUCAGCUAACUCUGUGUGCGUCACUGGUGCCACUACACUUAGGGGCCAAUUGGGUUUACAGAGGUAGAGUCUGCUUGGCACGAAUCCCCUUUAUAGCUAAUCUCACGAGCAUCCUUGUUUUUCAACCUACAUUGUAAUGUCAAAAAUAUCAAAAACUAAUUACACUGAAGUAUUGAGUUUUUGCUAACAUUUUAAAUUGGCUUUCAUCAAAUCUUUUAUGUGUAGAAUAUAGUGUGUAAAUCAAAUUAAAUCGAAGUCUAUUUGGCGGUAAUGUGAAAUAUCAGAAUGGCUAGUCACUGAGUGUAACAGGAAUGUAGAUACACAGGUGUAUAAUUCUAGGGUUAGAACGAUAAGGUUAGGUGCACAUACUCAUAUUUUAAUCCAAUUUUCUAGACACUUCUGUCUUUAGCAGCAGAGAAGGAGAGUCAUGUAUCUUUUAUAUUUAUAAUGAAAACAUUAUAUGAUUAUUAUAUAUGGUGUGAGACAUGAUAAAAUUACCAU